CUUCAUGGCAGCCGUGGCCGAGGCGGGCGACGCGGGAUUGGUGUCUGCAGCAGCGGCAGCGGGGCUCGGACGAAGGAAAGCCCACAGCAAGAUUCUAAAAUAAAUAAUUCAUGAAGACAAGACAAUUAGGCUAAAUAGUGAGACUCAUCAUAAGAUCCCAGUUGCUGCUUACAAGUCUCUACAUGCAAAUCUGGACUUUUGGGGACAUCUUCAACUAGCCCUUUGUCCUCCCUUCUGAAAUGAUGAUGUGGAAGAUUAUGGGGCAUCCCAUGCAAGCCCAGAACACUUUAUUUGGAAGGAAACUUGGAUAAAGAAAAUUUCAUAUGUAGAAGCACUUAACAUGCAUUAUGUGAAUUUUUUUGGAUCCUGACCUCUGCAAGUGUUUGAAAAAAAUAUUCAUGAUUUUGGUGAUCCUAAAAAAAAAUUAAUCCUAAUCUGAUAAAAUGUCAAUCUGGACUGGGCACGCAUGUGACUUUUGAUUCAUUGAGGAAAAAAGCUACAAGUUGCAAGUUUUUUUCCUUGUCUGAUUUUGUUGUCGACCAUUUAGUCUCUUCAUAAUAUUGCUUGCAGCUUAAUAGCUUCUUCACAUUGGCUUUGCUUCCGCCGUCAUUCUUGCAACCUCCUGCCUUGCACUCUUUAAUUAAAGUGCCAUUAGGAAAUAUUAAUUCGGAUGUCUUAAGGCUUCUUUCCAUUGUUAAGACAUAUAUCGGAAGUGGCAUCAUACAUUUCUCAAGAAAUAAUCUGGUGCACGUUUUGCUAGCAGAUCCUGCAGUUUGGACAAGAUGUAUAUUCCCAAGGUACAAAAGCGUCAUGUUGCAAGCUGCUUCUGUACAUGAAUCAUAAAUUAUGUGCUUGGAAAAUAAUUAAAGGUGGUCCUUAGCCUACUUUGUCUGAGAGUUCUAAUUGAGUUAUCUGUAUAACUUUCAACUUUAUCGAAUAAUCUAACGAGUACAAAAGUCUUACAACUUCCCAUCCGAUCUGUUGCAGGAUUUUUCUGCAUAAGUAAAACAUUUGCAUUUUUUGGAAUUUAUUAACGGCUUAACAAGCUGGCCUGUUUUUUUAAAUUAUUAUUAUUAUUAUUUGAGAUUCUUAAUGUCAAAUACCUAAUAUAAGUAUCUAUUAUUAUUUCGGCAUCUUUUCCACAAUGAGUAUUCUGAAAAAAAAAUGAUUUUGUUAUUGUAAAGCAAUCCUUCAUUUUGGAAUAGAAACCAAUACUAUUUUAGUUCCCAACUAGGUUAUUCCUUCCAAUUCUUAAAACUACUUGUACCAGUCUACAAUAUUAUUUUAACCUAUGAAAACUUAUUCAUGAAAUGGCGGUUAUUUUAUAUACAGAAUUGAUAAAAGCUGGCAUAUAAAUGUACUCUAGUUGCAACAUGGUACUUUCGUGCCUAAAUUUAAUGGUAGGCAAAUUGCUGAAAAACCGAGAAACUGGCAUUGCCUGCAAAAAUGCCUAUUUUAUGAUUCCACUUCAUCCUUAAAAAAAAUGUCAGAGUACAGAACACUUUUCUGAGUUGAUUUUGUUUUGGCUCUAGUUAAAAAUAAACUUAUGCAUCACAAAUCUUACUUCCUUCACUGCUUUCUCCAGGAUAAUCCUCGUAACAGCUGUUAAAAGACGACAAACGAUACAAUUUAAAUAUUGAACUAUAUUUUACUGAUCAAGUAAAAUGGAUCCAUGUUCAAUUGGAAAUCAGCUGCAAGCUAGCAGCGAUUGUCAUAAAGCAUACUUUACUUCUCAAACUGGCUUCAAGACUAAGCAAGAUUUAUCAACAACUGAUCUGUUACUUCUUCAGCUUAGAACUGGGAUAACACUUUCAGAGACUCAUACAAUCUGCUUCCAUCACGCUAAAGUUUACCUUGAUAGUGCCAAGUUUGGACGUCAAUUUAUACCAGGCUGGAAGCUUUGCCCCAAAUGUACACAGAUAAUAAAUGGAAAUGCAGAGGUUGAGUCUGAAGAUCGUCAACGAAGGAGACUUGAUUCAGACGGGCGUACAACUAAAGCCUUGAAGUUUGCUAAUCCAGGACGGCAUACUGGAUUUCCUCCAGAAGCAGCAAACAAAAGAGAAAAAAGAAAACUACAAAUGAAAAGUACAUCCGUUAAUUCAGACAGGCAAUUAAUAGCAGCAAAGAGCAAGGUAUAUGACGGCCAAGGCUUUCUGCUUUUCAGCGGGAUAGACCUGUGUGACUGCCUUGAUGAAGACUGCCUUGGGUGUUUCUAUGCCUGCUCCAAGUGCGGCUCCCGCAAGUGUGGACCUGAAUGCCGUUGUGAUCGCAAGUGGCUUUAUGAGCAAAUCGAGAUAGAAGGGGGGGAAAUUAUACGUAAUAAGCAUGUGAUAUAGCCUGGGCUCUGCAUUUCAUUGCUGAGCCACAGGAAGGUUGUUCAUAAAAUGUAAUUGGUUCAUAUUUCCAGUUAAGAUUCAGUGUUGUGCAAACAAGCAAUAGGUAAAGGGAAGUUUUAUAUUUGUGUCAUCUGUACAGAAGAAAAAUUAGAAGAUUGUCUUCAGUAUUUUUGAAUUUUUUAACUGACAAGCUAAUAAGAGUGGGCGUUGGCUGAUACUUAUUGUGUGCUUCAUGUGGUACUUUUUUUUCUCCAGAUCAUUAUUGUGCCCUUUAUAGGAAAUUUUUUUGAGUAUUUUCUUGUUCUGGACCAUGGUAUUGGUAUUUUCUUGUUCUGGACCAUGGUAUUGAUAUUUUAAGUACUAGCAGCAUAAGCAGUAUUACUUGUGGGAAAUGGGUGACUUGAGAAGGUUGUUGCAUGAUAAACAGAAAACACAGAGGUCAGACUAAGAUUUUCAAGAAGAUGGAAUACCUUUACCUUUUUGCAAACAAGAGUUGCCAUGUGAAGAAGGAAAUAUAUUAUGCCUUCAACAGUAUUUUGCUGCUGGUGGAAAGGAAGUCACCAAAGUUACAGCCUCUGGCAAUAUUUUUUUUUAUGAAUAUCUUGCUUGGAGACUUUAUACCUGAAUCCAUAGAUUGAUGGAGAAUGUGUGGCUGGAAAGUGACACCCUGUCACCUUAGCUUUAAUAAAUACACAAUGUAUUUGAUGGAAUUAUACAAACAUAAGUAUGAUGAGACAUUUAUGGUCUUUCUAAUUAAUAGGUAAUGCUUGUAAUCUACUCAGAUAAUUAGCCCAUGUACCUCAGGUAAAAUGCCUGUACACUUAGUC